CGUUCCCAUCCGUGCCCAUGCUUUAUUAAGCCUCCCCCUCCGUCUCCAUCUGCCAUCACAAACAACCACUCAUGGCGCGGGGGCAGCAGCGGCGGCCGAUGGAGUUCGAGGACUUCCUCCCCGUCAUGGCGGAGAAGCUCGGGGGGGACGGCCUCGUGGAGGAACUCUGCAACGGGUUCCGCCUCCUGAUGGACCCCCGUCACCGGCUCAUCACCUUCGACAGCCUCAAGCGUAACGCUGCCCUGCUAGGCCUCGACGGCCUCCGCGACGAUGAGCUCCGGGCCAUGAUCCGGGAGGGCGACGCCGACGGCGACGGCGCGCUCAGCCAGUGGGAGUUCUGCGUCCUCAUGGUCCGCCUCAGCCCCCAGCUGAUGGAGGCACCCAGCCAGUGGAUGGACCAGCACUCCGCAUUCAUGAGCUAACUCCGAUUCCACCUCUUCCUCCUCCGACUUCUUCGCCAUUCUCACUUCUAGAGUCUGUAGUCUUCCUAUCCAAUAAAUCACUGUGGAUUGGGUAGUGACGGGAUCGACCACCAUGAGUGGGCUGCUUUGGAUCGAUCGGAUUAUGAUGUUCAUAUAAUAAUUCAAAGCAAAUUGCUCUGCUUACUGCUAGAGAUCUGAUCUUUAGCA